UUACCUCCAAGAAAACAAGCAUUCCUGUGAUUACAGACAAAAGCCCCCAACCAAUAAAGGAAAAGAAAAAGCCGCUCCUCCCUCGUCACGUAAACGCCCGGUGACACGCACGGAGAGGAGGCUGUUAGGAAACAGUUGCAUCGUGUUAUUAUCAGAGAACCACUGAAGUGCGCUUCGAGAGCAAAAAGAAGAGCUUCCAGUCUUGUUGUUGUCAUUGCUAACUAUGCGCGUAUACGGGUCAUCGAGUGGACUGCUGACUGCUCUGCUGGUCAGCUGUCAGUACGUCUCAGCACACACUGAUACUCUACUUCCUCCAGAGGUCUCUCAGCACAAUGGCACCCUGUAUGCUGCCUGCAAAGUGAGACCCAGCACUUCACUUCCUGAGGGCCUUCCCAAGGUAUACGGCCGGGUACUGUUCAGACAGGAGCACUCUGAGGGAAAGCUCCAAGUCUUUCUCCGCCUCAGCGGCUUCCCUAUGGAGGGCCUUCCAGAGCCCAGAGCCGUGCACAUCCAUCAGUACGGAGACCUGAGCCAGGGAUGCGACUCAACUGGUGGCCACUACAACCCAUAUGCUGUAAACCACCCUAAACACCCAGGAGACUUUGGUAACUUCCCCCCUCAACAAGGAAAAAUCAAUACGCUGAUUCAAUCAGAGGCGACGCUGUUUGGAGGCCUGUCUGUGCUUGGAAGAGCAGUGGUGAUCCACGAAAGUGAAGAUGACUUGGGACAAGGCGGAGACGCCGGGAGCCUGUUGCAUGGGAACGCAGGCCGCAGGCUCGCCUGCUGUGUUAUUGGGAUGUCCUCCUCCAGCCUCUGGAACAUAUAUCAGCGUUCUGCAAGGCAGCUCAGGAGGAGUUAGGCUCACAGGAUGGGAGUGUUGUUCAGCAAAGAAUUUAUCCCAGUGUUUCUUAAGUAGUUCUGCACAAGGAGGAUACCAAGACAAAUCUAAUAAAUUCAUGGCUUACUAAGAAUUGAAAUCGAAGACAAAUAUUUCAUAAUUACUACAGUUUUUCAGUGGAUUUCUGUUGGCCAAAAUGAAUCAAACAUGAACUUUUAAGAGACUUAGCUAGUCCUCUGAAAUUUUCUUUAAUAAAUAGUUAUCUGAUUAUGUUGUACUAUCAGUGUCUGUUGCAAAAAUUUCCAAUGCUAACCUUGCUCCUGUCUUUUUUUUUAAGACACACUGCCAAUUAGCUGAUCUUUAAGCAAAAUAAACCAUCCAAGAAGUAUUCAGUCUGACCUCCAGGGCAGCGUAUCACAUAUCUGUCUAUACAUUGUGUUUUUCAUGUUGAAUGCUGUUUUCAUAAGAAAUAAACUAAUAAAACAAAUCUGAAUGUAUGACAAAUUCAA